AGCCAGCACAUGGGUACUCAUAGUGGCCUGAUCGAUCAUUCCAAGGCUACCAUGCACCAUCGACGAGGAGGAUUAAUCGUCGACGACGACCAUGGACCCUCUUAGCGUGGCUGCCAGUGUCAUAGCGGUGUUGCAGGCCGCCAACGCGAUUAUCUCAGUGUGCUAUGAUUUCAAGGCCAUCUUGAGGGAUGGGGCGCCAUGGGGUCUGGGCCAGGUCCUCGGCGAGAUGCAGGAUCUUCGCAGUGUUCUCGAGUCACUGGUGAGACUCACUGAAGCCACCUCUGAAAAAUCCAGUUCUUCUGCCUCCUCAAUCGCUGCAAGCCAUAGGAGACCGCCUUUGGAGUUGCUCUGCGACCCAGACCGUGGUCCCCUAGUGGCAUGUGCUCGCGAGUUGAAGGCUCUAGACACUCUCAUCACGUCAAGUUUUGAUAGCAGGUCGGGCUCCAAAAGAAGGGCAUUGAUGCAAGCCGUGGGAUGGCAGGUUAAGGAGAAAGAGGUUAGAAUGGCAUUGGAAAGAGUCACCCGUUGCAAGAAUACUCUGGCACUUGCCAUGACUGUCGAUCAGGCAGAAUUGCUCAUCGACAUUCAAGACAUGACGGCUUCACUGAAGCUGUCAAUGAGUGCUGUGGAAGCCGAUCUCGAUGGAUUAUUGAACAACAUGAAAUCUCGGGAACUAGAUGAGCGGCAACGAGCCAUACUCCAAUGGCUCUCACCUACUGAUCCACUAGAAAGCCAUGAAGCUGCACUUCGCUUACAUCAGUCUGGCACCAACAGCUGGUUCACCAGAUGUGUUGAGUUUAAGAGUUGGUUUGCCAGCAACCGCUCAUUUCUUUGGCUCAGCGGCUUCCCCGGCGCGGGCAAGACGGUGCUAUUUUCAAACACAGUCGCAUAUCUAUCAGCAACUCUGCAAGAGCAGAAGAGUACUUCAAAUCUAGCGUUCUUUUAUUGCGACUUCCGCCGACCUAAAUCACAAGACGUGGCCAAUCUUCUCGGCUCCCUAGUAGCACAAAUAUGCUCGAGGACAAACACAUUCCCUUCUCUCCUUGAACAAGCCUUUGAUCAGAGUCAUUCUGGUCCCCCCGGCCAAAAGAAGCCACCCACGCUAGCUGUUCUACAAAGCUGCUUGGAGUCAUUUGCCGCCCAGUCAGACCUGAUCUUGCUCGUCGAUGCCAUUGACGAGUGUCAGCAAAGAAGCGACGUCUUUGAAUUCUUUGCCGCGCUCCGAACAUCAUGUUCGAAUGUCAGAGUCUUGCUGACGAGCCGGGAAGAAGCAGAGAUUGAGUCUGGGCUACACUCGUUCGACCACUUCCGCAUCGAGGGUCACUUGAACGAGGUCAACGAUGAUGUUCAAGCUUAUGUAGCCCACCGUCUGUCUUCAGAUCGAAAUCUCCAGUGGCUGAAUGAUUCAAUCAAAGACGAAAUCGCGAAUCAACUGAUGCGAAAAUCAGCUGGAAUGUUUCGCUGGGUCCAAUGUCAGAUCGACGCAAUUGGAAGCCUACGUACAGUCAAAGCAAUUCGACUAGCCCUAAGAGAACUCCCCAAAGGACUCGACGAAACCUACGACAAAAUCCUAGGAAAAGUCAGUUCCUCGGACAUCGAAAUAGUCCGCAGAAUCUUGGUAUGGAUAUCCUUCACCAUGCUCCCCUUAACCCUAAGGGAAGUCCAUGAAGCAAUCGCCAUUGAAGUCGGCCUCGAUGAAUUAGAUGAAGAUUCUCGCCUCCGCAGCCCUCAAGACAUCCUCGAUCUAUGCGGCAGCUUAAUCAGCCUGUCAGAAAGUGGACAUGUUCGACUUGCACAUCUGUCGGUACGAGAAUAUCUACUUUCAUCAUCCAUCAAGCGGCAUCCCACCCUGUCCGUCUUCGCCUUAGACGACACCAAAUCCAACCAUGAACUCGCCCUCAAUUGCCUCACAUACCUCUCCUUCCGAGACAUGAGAACUGGACCAUGCACGACUGCGCAAGCAUACACCGAAAGAAUCAUCACAUUCCCACUCAUUGGCUACGCUGCACUCUGCUGGACGUAUUUUGUCCGAAGAACAACCGCCGACUCUCAACUCCGACGACUGAUCAGCGACUUCUUCAGUCCUCGAUCUAGAUCGACAUUCAUGUCUUGGGUUCAAAUCAUCAAUGCAUCCAACGAAGCACAAUGGAAUUUCUACCCCCAUCACGCCACCCCACUAUACUAUGCAGCGUCAUUCGGACUUAUUGAUACUGUCAAAGACAUCAUUCAAGAUACAGAGGUUGAUUUAGAUGCGCCGGGAAGUCGGUUCGGCGGAACCGCAUUGCAUGCAGCGGUGUUGAGGGAACAUAUCGAGGUGAUGGAACUGUUGUUGGCUGCGGGUGCCAAUCCAAACCAAGCGGAUUGGAAUCUAGUCAGUCCGCUCCAUUCGGCGGCGCUUUAUGGGAGUGAGAAGGUGAUCAGAGUGUUGUUGGAUCACGGUGCUUCGGUGGAAGCGAUGGAUUCCGAGGGCAGGACGCCGCGUGACUGGGCUCUCAACGGUUGGGAACCUGACGCUCAACGUCUCGUUUUGCGCGCAGCUGAGGCUAAGCUGCGCGUCGUGAAAUCCCAGGAGGAGACUUCAAAGAAAUCAGAUAUUUUGUCUGUGUCUGGUCGCUUGGCUAGUCAGUCGAAGUCAUCCUCUAAUUUGACUAUUGGACUUGGCUCUGGCACUGGGUCUGUCUCUGUACACGACCGAGACAGCGCAGGAUUGUCAGUUCCGUCAAACACGUCGAGACGGAGGAGUUCUAGGUCAAGAAUCGGAGAUCAGGCAGAAUCAGUGGCAGGGUGAGCUUGUGGUUUUGGAUAUCAUGAGCAUUUAAAUGGUCAGGGUGAGCAGCCUUGUGCAUGUAUGUGAAAGAAAUGAUGUGAUGUUUAGAGAAUAGCAGAGGAAGUCAAAGUCAAUACGAUCAAUUAGAUGGAUUC